AAAAACUUUGGAAAGUCCACACAUCGUCACUUUGCUGAAUGCAGCCACAUUCCCACCAGUGGAUUACAAAGCCUAACUAUUAUUCAAGAGAGCCACCUAUUUCAAAACAACUCCAAUUAUCUGUUCUUUCACUGCCACAGUCAUUGUCUCCCUGCCACUGGACAAGGACACUUGAACCACUGACCGAGCACCUUCACACUGCAGAGACUGAGAUCCCGCGUUUACAGAAAACUUUAAGCGAUGGAGGGAUACCUGAUGAGAUCCAGUCUGCUUCUGUGCAUCGCCCUUGCAGCCUCCUCAUCAAUUCAGACAUGCGGACCGCAACAACAACAGGAGAGCUACGUGAGAGAGAUGCUGAUGGGCUGUUGGACCGAUUUUGUCAGAGGAGACAGAGCGGAGGUCCACAUCCUCAACCUGAUGUGGACCAGGGAUGCUUCAUUCUUCAGUCUUCACAUGAACAUUUCAAAACCAGUGAUCCUUAUCAUUUCAUCCUCAAAAAUGGCUUAUGUUUACUACGACCCCUGUGAAGGCGUGAACAUUUAUGUAAAUAAUUCCACAAUUACACUGUAUAGUCCACAUCAGAACAAUAUCCACAAAGAAGAAAUCCCCCAUCAAAACGAGGAGCUGAUCAAGUGGGCAGAGCAAAAAUUUGAGGGUGUGACUUCGUUCACUACGGUUAAAAAUCCCGAAAAAAUCACACUAAUUGAAGCACAAGGAACUAAACCUAAAAACAUGCCUACAGCUGGUCCUAUGGAUUGUGUACUUAACAAUGAAGACAUCUCAGAAAAGCACUUUAUGAAGAUUGACAUGGUUCCAGAUAAGAUCACGUCUUGUACACUGAAAUCCCAAAACCCAGACCAUGAGGAGAUUCAUGUCAUAAACAUUCCAGAUAGUUCUCCUGUUCGCAAUGUAUCCUUGCUCGUUAAAACUCAGGGCAUUUCUUUCUUCCUGAGAGGUCCUCAGGGCACCACAUGGACCUUCCUCAACACGGGCUUUGUGAAGCUUGGCUCUAACAACGACAUCCAGAUACAAGCUUUCCCAAACAAACUUACACUACCUAAAUAUAAUGGUACAGGUGACAAAGCAGAGGUUGUACAGAAAAUGGCUUUGGAAUAUUUUAAAGUCAGUUAUUUCACCAGCUACAGUGAAAUAACACUGGAUUCAUCAACCAUUUCUCUAGUGAUUGAAAAACAACACAGUUUACCAGAGCAAUUUCCUUCAGUCAGAGAAGAAAUGGCAAAAAGCAUGAUUCCCAAAACAACUGAUGCCCCAAAUCAGAUGCUUCUGAACAUCCAUCUGUACACCUCCCCAGAUUAUAGCUUUCCCUUAGACCCUCUAACCAGAUUGCAGACUAACAAGAGAAUCUACGCACUGAUAUCAACAUACACUAUAGGUGACAUGAAAAUGGCCCUCAAGGUGAUUGGCUGCAGCAUAAGGCCAAAGGCCUCCUCCUCUGCAGAGAAAGAGCUCCCGAUCAUCUUAGAGUCCUGCACUGUAGACCCCUGUCACAACAGUGCUCGGCUCAGCUUCUCCUUAGAUCAGAUGCCAGAGGGGACAUCCAGCACAUGGGUUCUACGAUGCUCUGUCAAGCUAUGUUCCUCUGACCAGUCAUAUCAGACUGAGAUCUGUGAGGAUAAAGUGAGGACAGCAGAGGAGAAUCUGGAGGUUGAGCAGUCAUGCCAACCACAGGAUCAGCCAUGCAUUGAUUUUGGCCUGUUAGGUGUUCUUGGAAUUGCUUUUGGAGGGUUCCUGAUUGGAGUGUUACUUAUUGGAGCAUUGUGGUUUAUCAAGAUUAAAACAGGGUACCCAGCUGGACUUGACAUGAGGUCAACUGCUGCCAGUUUUCCUGGAUGUCCCUGUUCAAGAUCAAAGCGACAACCUGUUUCGUCCAACACAUCACCCUCCGAGAAUAGCAGCGCGAAUGCUAGCAUCGGAAGCACUCAAAGCACACCCACUAGCAGCAUGGCAUAAGAUCAUUAUAGGUUAUACUAGCAGGCCACCAUCCCUUCUGUGUCAUCUUGAUGGGUUUCAAGCUUUUUGUUGCAUCAAUCCUUAAAAAAGCAUUUCUUUAUACCCUGCUCUGUUUAAAUUGUUGUUUUAAAAGCACAAUUGAUGGUAUUUGACAUACCAUGUCUAAAGUGGGUUUGAUCUGGGAGACUGUAGUUAGAUGUGGAGAAAGGAUGAAUGAUGAGUAAACAAAGUUUUAAUAUUAGUUUUUAAUGCUUUCCUUUGUAGCCUCUCUGUAAAUUCAAAUUCCUCAGCCAGGAUGUUACAGAGGCCAAAAAGGGAAAAAAAAAAAAAAAAAAAUUGGCUCCCAGCAACAGGAAAAACAAACCAUAUCCCCCCAAGAGCUAACAGGAAAUUCACAACAUUCUUUCCAAUGAAUUGUGCUUGUGUGAUGGGAGCACAAUAAUAGUUAUCCAGGAGACAAACCGGUCCAAAGACAAGCUUUGAAAAGCAGAUGAAAAGAUGUUUUGCGAACAUUUAAGAAACAAAAAUAUGACGGGUUUUGUGCUAGGUCAGUCCAGAGAAAUUCAUCAACAGCAUCAAGGGAUCUGACGUUCUGUGUAUUGGCAUUUCCAAAUAGACAGAGGAAUACUUCCUUGUAUGAUGUUAGACUAAUUUGCAGUCCAUGGACCAUGGUUUUAUUGCUACCUCUUAUUGAGUAGAAAUCUGGAGCUAAGGUAAAACUUAAAACUAGGUUUCUGUAGUGAAGUUAUUGUUUUUUUUUUUUCCUUUUUAAUUUACUGUCAUUUCUUGCUACCAUAUUAAAACCCUAAAGUGGCCCUAUGGGCCAUUUGUAGCUCACAAAAUAAACUUAUGAUGCCAUUGUCUUGUUAUCCAGUGGAUAAAUAAGUGUCAUCAUAUUGUUUUUCCAUAGCACUCAUUUCAGAUUAGAUUUUAACUACAUUUAGUAAUAAAUCAGCAAAACUAAAUGAUGAAAGAAGACACUUAAUGUAGACUAACAUGGAUUUUUUACUUACAUGAGCUGAGAAUGCAUCACUAUUUUAUUGUGGAGUACCAUUUUCCAAUAUGUAUUCCUGUAUUCAGAGCUGAGUAGUGUUUGUAGAGAUUCACCAAGUUACUACAUUUCGAUUUCCAGGCAUCACACUGUUGCAUCUUACUGUUUAACACUCAUCCAGCUCUUUCUUCCAGGUGGAGUACCCCCUUCCCCCCCAAUAGUGUUGAGGUUAAAUUUCAGUAGUUUUCAUUUGCACAAUACCCAUUGUCACCAGUAACACUGGUUCUUCACCAGUACUUACCAACCUACUGUGCACGUUUUAGGUCUGUGGAACAGACCUUCGUAUGAUGAAAACAAGUCUUGUGUUAUGAUUUUCAUUACACUGUUAACCUUAUAGAUUUCUUUUUGUUGUACAGAUUUAAAAACCAAGAUUUGAUCAUUAUUAUACCCUCUUUCCUUGUAUUGAUUUUCCUUUUUUCAGAAUAUAGCUAUUCUCAAUUGUCCUUUCUGUUUUGUAGGCAUUAUUGAGUUGAAAAGAUUUUCGUUGGACUAAACAGGACGUUUAUGAAUCAUGCCUCAUUCAGUGUGCAAAGCACACUGAAUGAAGCAUGAUUUUGUUUUUGCUUUGCAAAGUGAAACAACCUUGAUAACAGCUAUACCUUAACCUGCCAUUCAUUUAGACUUAUUUUGCCUCUCUAUCAAAAGGCUGUUCAACUCUUUGAAAGACUCAGUAUUCACAUUUACAAAUGUCAUUUAGUUUCAAAGGUCGUCCUUGUUGUAAUAGUUAUUGCACAAUAAUACAUAAGAGCAGAAUGAUAUUGUAUGUUAUAAAAACUAAUAUUCACACAUUCAUGGUGAAUGGGUGAAUGACUAAAUGUAGUGGGAGGAGCUUUGGGGUCCUCUGGACUUGAUAAAGCGCUAUACAAGACAUUUACAAUUAAUUUAUAAUCACAAAAAUUUGCUUCUCUAAAUUUGAUUGACAUAUAAAUAUAUACAUAUAUUUUUCAUAUAAAUGGUUGAAUGUAUCUUUUAAUCUCUUAUUUAAGUCAGCUCUGAAUACAGACCAUUCAGACUCUAUAGCAUGAUUAAUAUUAGCAUUUCUACGUCCCUCCGUAUGUGCAUUGACAUAUUUUAUUAGUUCUUUUAACUGCUCUAACGGCAUUUGAAAAUGUAAAAAAAAAUACAUAUAUAUAUAUAUUUUCACCUGUUUCUAAUCUAAAUAGGUAUAUUUUCAAUAUUAGUUUGUGGUCAAAAUGAACAACUCAUGUCCAAACAGCAUAAUAUUGGCUCUAUAAAAAUAUCCUGUUUUAUUUAUUCUUGUUCAGCUUCAUUCUCAGGCCUGUUCCAAACCAGUUUUGGGAUAUGUGUAGCAUACUUCUCUCCUUUAUACACAUGUGCAUUUUUUUCUUUUGAGACAGAAACAAAGAGGGCCAGUACAAAUUGCCACUUGAGAAUUUGUGCAAUAUGGUGAGAGGUUAACUUGCAUGUAUUACAAUUUUUUUGUUUUUGUAUGUGUUAUAUGAUAGUCUUUCUUUGAAUCAUUCCAUAACCUAGUGUGUUUCUUGAGACAAUUCAAACAGGGCACAAGACGCAUCUCUUUGUAUUUCAAAACAUUUGACUUUUUAUUCCAGUGAUUUGAGACAAUGCAUGUCACAUCACAUACUGGUCACAUUGCAGUUUCACCCUGCUUGACCUUUGUCCUCUAAGUCCUCUGUGAACCAAAAACAUAACAAAUCUGUGGACUGACAUGUUGACAUUGUAUUGUGUUCAUGGUAUUAUCUUCAGACCGUGUAGUGGGGUUGUCAGUUCUGAAGACAGGAUGUCUCACCACUUAAUACAUUCCAGAUGAAUAUUCAGCACACUGUUAUCAAUAUAUGGUUCCUCCCUUAUUUGCAGAACUGACAUACGUUUUGAUAUGAUAGGAUAGGGAAUGUGCAAACUGCCUGGGUUAAAUCAACCCUUGUAUCUGUCACAACAGUGAAAAUAGACAGAAUGUCAAUUCAUCCACUUGUUAACCCUGCAGUGUUAUCUUUGUGCUCAUGUGGGCAACUUUUUACUGUUUUAAGUGGUUUAAUUUGUUGAGAAUGAAGUUUGGUAAUUAAUUUUUUAUGUUGUUGUUCUUCCCAGAGACUCUGUUUCUAAAAUCAUCCUAAUAAAGCAAAUUUGAGAGAUA